AUGACUGACCAAGAGGUAAAUGAGGAGCAGGCUCUGCGAAAUAUACCAGAAGUCGGUAAUUUCGAUAAGUUCACUUCUGUGGAUUGGAUUGAGGAAGAGAAGCGUGAAUUGUCCAAGGGAACAUCGCAUGACGAAUUUGAUAUACCGCGUUCGAGUUGGUAUGAGUACCGCAGGUUAAUAUGGAAAAGAGGUAGCAGUUUCAUUACUUUGACUGCCAUUGGGCUUUCCAUUGGCGGUAUUGCUGGUUUUUUACAAAUAUUCACUGAAUUGUUAGUAAACUGGAAAUCUGGACAUUGUGCUAGAAAUUGGUUGUUAAACAAGGCAUUCUGCUGUCCUAAAGAAGAGAUCAGUAAAAGGAGUUAUGGUUCCAUAAUAAGUUCGGCUGGCAAUGCCGCAGAAAUAUUCUUUAAAAGAUCCCAAAGCGAAUGUAUCGAAAAAGGUAUUUGGGUAGAAGCAACCAAUCCAAUCUUUUCAUUUUUGCUAUUCAUGUUCUUAUCGGUCACAUUUGCAACUAUUAGUUGUCUGAUGGUCCUACACAUUGCACCGUUUGCCACUGGAUCUGGUAUUUCAGAAAUUAAAUCCUGGGUAUCAGGUUUCCAAUAUACCCCGGAGUUUUUGAAUUUGAAGACCCUUAUAGUAAAAUCUGUCGCUUUACCGCUUGCCAUUUCUUCUGAUUUAAGUGUUGGUAAAGAGGGACCAUCUGUUCACUAUGCUACCUGUUGUGGUUAUGUAAUUACUAAUUGGCUCUUGAGCAAGGAGAUGGCCUUCCCAGAACAAUCCGAAUACUUGACAGCUUCGACGGCAGGUGGUGUUGCAGUAGCUUUUGGUGCACCUAUUGGAGGUGUCUUAUUUGCACUUGAAGAGAUGUCAGCUUCUAUUCCUUUCAAGUUAUCUGCCUUGUGGAAGUCGUAUUAUAUUGCUCUGGCAGGUAUUUCUGCUCUACAAUAUAUUGAUCCAUCUAGAAAUGGUAAGAUCGUUGUUUUUGAAGUCACCUAUGAUAGAGAAUGGCAUGUGGAAGAAAUCCCAAUAUUCAUCCUUCUUGGAAUUUUUGGUGGUUUAUAUGGCAAAUACAUAAGCAGAUGGAAUGUGCAUUACGUUUCUUUUAGAAAGAAAUAUCUCUCAAGAUGGCCGUUACAGGAAGUUGUCAUACUAACGUUUGUUACUGCCAUUAUCUCUUAUUUCAACGAGUUCUUGAAACUUGACAUGACAGAAUCUAUGGAAAUUUUAUUUCAUGAGUGUCAAACUAAUGAGAAAGGAUCAUUAUGGUCGCAUAGACUUUGUACAAUUGACAACGAGGCCUCAUUCAUCUCGUUCAUCAAUUUAUUGCUUUCGUUACUCUUUGCAACUGUAGUGCGAGCCCUGCUAAUCGUUGCUUCGUACGGCUGUAGAGUACCUGCCGGAAUUUUUGUUCCCUCAAUGGCUGUUGGUGCAACUUUUGGAAGGGCUGUAAGUUUAAUAGUAGAGCGUUAUAUUACUGGACCAAAUGUCAUUACACCGGGAACUUAUGCUUUCCUUGGUGCAACUGCAGCAUUAAGUGGUAUAACAAAUCUAACUCUAACAGUGGUGGUGAUCAUGUUUGAGGUCACGGGUGCAUUUACGUAUAUUCUUCCUACCAUGGUAGUUGUUGCUUUCACUAGAAUUAUCUGUUCCUCCUUUGGUGCCGAGGGAGGAAUUGCUGACCAAAUGAUUAUAGUUAAUGGAUUCCCAUUGAUGGAAGAGCAGAAAGGGGAUCACGAAUUCAUGGAUGACUUUUAUGCAGAUGACAUCAUGACGAAAGAACUAGUCUACGUGAAUGAAAAAAUGACUCGUCAAGAUCUGCAAAAUUUGAUAGAUGGACCAGCAGCCGAAUUUAGCGGUCUUCCGAUCACCAGCAGCUGUUCCAAAGGUGAUUCGACAUGCUCUGGCUUUAUAUUAACAAAGUACGCUCGCUAUUUCUUAGAUGCCACUACUGGAUCUCCCGACGAUAUCAUUGAUUUCAGAAAAUGUGGAGAUGAAUCGUUAACAUCAAAAAUCAAUUAUACCCCGAUUACUGUUAGUCCGUCUACUCCGUUGAGUAUACUUUUCAUGAUGUUCCAGAAAUUGGGCUGCUCAACUAUUAUAGUAGAGAAUGGCGGAACCAUGGCCGGAUUAGUCACUAAGAAAGAUGUCUUGCAUUUCAUGAGAAUUAAACAUAAAGAAUACUUUGGUCCUCUAUAUGCGUUUGAUGAUAGAAUUGAUAGGAAGGCAAUACGACUAAUUGAAUGGUAUAUAGAUAAAUGUAGAAGAACAUAA